UUUUAAAUAUCUUUACUAGAUAAAGGUAAAACUACACACUGCUUCUAAGACAAGGGAAUAUGCCAACGCAAUUAUCUUGCAAUUCAUUGAAUGUUAUCUCAAUAAUAGACAAGGAAUACAUGAAUUGUAAUCGUGAAUUUUACCCUUAAUAUUUGCAACAAUUUUACAAUCAACCAAAACCAGCAUGCCAAAAUAUAACAACUCAUUGGUAACCAUUUCUUAGUUUGGAGGGCAGUUAGAAACUGCUGCAAAUAAACCAGACUAAAAUAAAUCCUAAAUAAAAUGCCAAAAACUGAGAUGAAAGCAGCAGAUUGGUAAUUAUGUCGAUAUUUUACUGACUAAACUUCUACCUUCUACUACCUUAGUAGAUCCAAAAAAGACAGGCAGCCUUUACUUCUCUCUUGCUCUCGGAAGACUGGAUGCAACAACAGGCAUCACAGUAGCUAUGAAAAUAACACAGACUGUAGGAAAAUAAUCUCUAACAUGGAAGGUGACUGGAAACCUCCCACAGACAGAAGAGCUCAUAACUCAUAACACACUUCAUUUUUGCUUUGUUUUUAAUAAUUGUAAUAAUUGUUUUUUUUACCUUUUUUUUAAUCAGAGGGUGUAUAAUUCUCACUGUAACAUACUGGGUGCUGCAUCGCCUGCCCUCCUUGACAAAAAAAACUCAAAAAACAUUUGUGCCAAUGCUGCAUGCAGUGCAGCGGCACACUGAAUUAGUGCAAAUUAGCUUCACUGGAUCUGCUCAGAGUGUGUGAAGGGUGGGUGGGCUGUGUAUUCGUCCACUCAAGGUAUUCUCCCACCAACGAGCUGAGGAGGGAAUGCAAACAGGGAUGACUGAGGAAAGGAAGAUAUCCCACCACCCCCUCCUCCCCAGCUCACAUGACUGUGAUUACAGCAAAGGAGGAGUGUGGUGGGACACAGUCAGGGAGAGAUGGUGAGCACGAUGAAUGACAUUUUUCUGAUUGCGGCACACAGAUCACAUCCAAGAACUCAACUUGUCUUUGAUUGCUGGCCGAGGGUCGUCCACUUUUCCGGGUUGCAGAUAUGAGGGUGCUACAUGGGUGCAUGCUGGGAGUGACCAUCUUGCUGCUGGUGUGCGAGGUCACCAUCAGUCAGCUGUGCAAAUCCCUUAUCACCCUGGUGGAUGGUUUCCACACACUCUUCAUCCUCUUGCGCAUGGCUCUUCGUCCUCCUCAAGCAGCAAGCAUCAUAAAACCUCCAAUCUCUACUUUGGACUCCUCUGCAUCUCCUCCACAUGCUUCCUCCUCCUCCUCAGCAGCACUUCCCUCCACCCUGCCUGCAGUGUCAUCCAUCAAAUCUCAACCUGGGACCCAGACUGGUGGGUCUUCAGACUGUGGUGUGUCCUACACCCGCAGCAGGAUACAGCCUGUGGGGGCUUUCAUCUCCACUCUCCUCCUGACCUCUCUGUGUCUCUCCUACUUCAUGGAAAUCAGCAAUUUUUCCCUGGAACCACAGCCAGUGCAGCGCCCCCUGCUGCUUGUGGUGGUUGGAGCUUUCAGCGUGCUCCAUAAGAUGCUGGUGGUCUGGCUGAACUGGGUUCAGCUGCAGGAUGAGAGAGCUGGGGCAAGCGGGCAGACAGAGCCUGAAUCUCACUUUGAAGAAAACCACAAAGUCUUGGCUGCAGAGAAAACCAAAGGCCAGGCUGAGCCGGGGCGAGUCCUGGAUGACGUUAGCCAUGUCCAAUCGGCCAUGGAUGACUCACUCCACAAUGGGGCGCUUGUCCUCUGUAACCCAGGAACCUCCAGCGUCCCUGACUCUCAAACACCACGACAGCAGCCAGGAGUCCACCUGCAUGCAGCAGCUACACAGGACAGCAGGGACUGUGACGUAGCCAGCGGUGUUGCAGUUGUGAAGGCUUGCAAGUGUGAGAGUUGUUCACAUGACAUCACGGAGAGUUCCAAAGACAACACCUGCAUGGGACAUCUUGACAGUCAAAAUGCAUCUAGUGCCUCCCCAGUCUGCAAGUCAUCACAUCACAUUGAGAGGACGGUACCAAGCAGCAAGUGUCCAGUCAGUCUCCUGUCGUUCGUCCUCGUCAUUCAGGGCCUUUGUACCUCCUUUCUGGCUCUGAUCAUCGGCCUGGUGAUGCUGCUGGUCAGCCCGCAAUGCCUGCACAGCUCUGGAACCUGUGGCCUCCUGGUUUACCUGGAUCCUGGCCUCUCCCUGCUGGCUGUGAUUACGCUGAUUUCCACAGCUGCGCCACAGGUGCACAGGUACGGCUUGCUGCUGCUACAGGCCACACCUCCACACAUUUGUGUGUCAGACCUCGGGCGGAGGAUUAUGAGUGUCCCUGGGGUGCAGGCUGUGCACGACCUCCACGUCUGGCAGUUAACUGAAUCAUUCAUGGUGGCCUCUGUACAUGUACACUGCCAUGCUGGGUUUCCAGUGCACAGGUGUGCUGAUCUGAUGUCGGGGGUCACGAAGGUGCUGCAGAGUGUAGGAGUGAGCUGCUGCACCGUUCAGCCAGAGUUUGCCUCCUGUUCUGGGUCCUCUGCAGGCAGUGAGGGGGACGCCUCACCUGUCGUGCACAGAGUGGACCCCUCCCUGCCUCCUUUUCUGACCUGCAGCCUCGCUUGUGGAAAGGCCUGCGCUAGGAAUAUGUGCUGCUCUCGGUUAGAGGAGGAGACCAGGAGCAUGCUGGCACCACCAGCUGAGGAAACAAAGGAAGAGCCCCAGACACUGGUCAUUGAGAACACCUUCCUCUGACUGAAAACCCUGGAGAAAAAGUAAUUAAUGAAUGUAAAGGUAGAGGUGAAUGAACAGAUUUGAAUGUGUAAUCUCCAAAACAUUGCCUGCACAUUAUAUGUAAAUGUUCUGUUAGUUUUGUGACAUUAAUAUGGUGCUGCACCAAAGAAUUUUAAGCAAUAUCAAGUGAAAUUCUGUCAAAAUAAAGGCAUUUUUUUGUGUUGCUUCAUUUGUACCUGAACCUUUUGUAUGUAUUGAAAUAAAACAAAUAAUUAUA